CAAAGUACUACACCUACCUAUCAAUAGCUUCUUCCCAUUCUAAGAAAAACAAUAAUGAAUAAUCAUAAUAAGAGUUUUUUUUUUCAAAAAAUGAAUAAAAGAAGUGAAAGAAAAAGCUAACUUCUCCAACAGCACUUUAGUUUCAGAGUUAGCAGGCACAACACAACCAGCCUCUUCCCUAGAUACACACAAGAAAAAGAAAGAAACUAAACUCUUCAAGCUUUUGUCUUUUGGCUUCAUCUUCUUCCCUUUUUCUUUUUUCCUCAUUGUACUCCCUGUUUUUCACACCUUCAACAAUGUUUAUAGUUUAUCAGUGAAGUGAAGACUGUGUUUUUGAGCUUUGGAAGAACAAGAGGCUAAAACCAAGGAAUUUUUCCCAUUCUUAUUGUUUUUCUUCAUUUCAAAUCAAUGGUGGGUUUAUCUUAACUUAGAAAUCUUCAUAUGUGAUGAUUAUAUGUGAUAUUCGGAUAUGGAGCGAGUCGCGGAGCCAAAGGUGCUUCCUAGAACCAUGCCAGUGUUGGUUGAGGUUUCUAAUGGACACAAGGGGACAAUAAGUGAAGCUAGUCAGAGACUAAAUGGAAGUGAGUUUCCGAAUUUGCGAGGAAUUUCAUCAAGAGAAGUGAAUGUGAUGAAUCAAUUUUCUAUGGCAAGGGAAAGCCCUGUGACAAGGUUGGCAUCCAUCAAAGAAGUUGCUCAAUUAUCAAAUGCAAGAGUUGUUUUGGUAAGAGAAGACAUGGGAUUUCAAGAACCAAUCUCCCCUGCACCUACAAGAACAUUGAAAGGAAAGGUCUCUUUGCCAGAAUCAGAAGAAGGACUUAAGGCAUCUUCUUUAGAAAGUGCUCCGAGUUCAUUCGCCGGCGCUAGUCACCCCCCAGAGCCAGUUGAUACUGAUCUUAUGAGAACUGUUUAUGUACCAAUUGGUCAUAGCAAAGCUGAGGAUGCGAGCUUAACAAAAAACAUGUCCUUGCAGGGUCCUUUCCUAGAAGAUCUAACCAUUUGUGUUGCUACUAAGAAACCAACCCUGACCGUUCUUUCCCCUGCAGAAAACAUGGUUGAAGAAUCAAAUGGCACAGAGAACUUGUCCUCGCCUCAGAAUACUGAACACUCUAUCCCUCCCCCAGAUUCUGAGGAGAAAGAAUGUGUUUGGGAUUCUUCUUUGCCUCCAACUCCAAGUGGUAAUAUUAGUCCACAUAGUAGUAUUGAUAGUAUUAGUGUUGUAAGAGCAAUGAGCAUUGCGAAUAGUUGCGCGAGUACUUACCGGAGUGAUGCAUUCACAAGCGAUGGCAUGAUUAGUUUAGACAGGAAUUGUGAUAGUACUAAGGGAAGUGUGAGUGUAAGAGGAGAAUCUCUCGAGAGUGCGAAAACCAGCCCGAGUCGAGUGAGUGAUAGCAGUGGUCUAAGCGAUGACAGCAGCUGGAGUAACAUCACUGGUGGUGCCAAUAAGCCUCACAAAGGAAAUGAUCCAAGGUGGAAUGCCAUACUUGCUAUCCGAGCGCGCGAUGGAAUCUUGGGAAUGAGUCACUUUAGGCUGUUGAAAAGGCUUGGUUGUGGUGAUAUUGGAAGCGUGUAUCUCUCCGAGCUGAGCGCGACUCGGUGUUAUUUUGCCAUGAAGGUGAUGGACAAGGCAUCAUUAGAGAGCAGAAAGAAGCUGAACAGGGCACAGACAGAAAGGGAGAUACUGCAGCUGCUGGAUCAUCCAUUCUUGCCAACUUUGUAUACACAUUUUGAGACUGAUAGAUUCUCGUGUUUGGUAAUGGAAUACUGUCCCGGGGGCGAUCUACACACUUUAAGACAACGCCAACCAGGGAAACAUUUCUCUGAGUAUGCUGCACGAUUUUAUGCUGCCGAGGUUCUUUUGGCACUUGAGUAUCUUCACAUGCUUGGAGUAGUGUAUCGCGACCUUAAACCAGAAAACGUGCUGGUUCGCGACGAUGGCCACAUUAUGCUGUCAGACUUUGAUCUUUCUCUUAGAUGUGCUGUGUCCCCUACACUUAUCAGAACAUCCCAUGAUAGCGAGCCUUCAAAACGUGCCGGUGGUGGCGCGUUCUGUGUCCAGCCGGCUUGUAUUGAGCCUACUUCAGUAUGCAUCCAACCGUCCUGUUUCAUGCCUCGGCUCUUCCCACAGAAAAACAAGAAAUCAAGGAAGGCUAGAGCUGAUCUGGGGCUUCCUGCCAACACGCUUCCAGAGCUCGUUGCCGAGCCUACUCAAGCUCGGUCUAUGUCCUUCGUCGGCACUCACGAAUACCUCGCCCCUGAAAUCAUCAAAGGAGAAGGCCAUGGAAGCGCAGUUGAUUGGUGGACAUUUGGAAUUUUUUUGCAUGAGUUGUUAUAUGGGAAGACACCUUUUAAAGGCUCAGGAAACCGUGCUACAUUGUUCAAUGUGGUUGGUCAGCAGCUCAAGUUCCCCGAAUCGCCGGCCACUAGCUAUGCAAGCCGGGAUCUUAUCCGUGGCUUGCUGGUCAAGGAACCACAGCACCGGCUCGGGGUGAAGAGGGGUGCCACUGAGAUCAAGCAGCACCCUUUCUUUGAAGGCGUGAAUUGGGCUUUGAUUAGGUGUAGCACGCCGCCGGAAGUGCCAAGACCGGUCGAAGCCGAGCUACCGGCAACAAAGUUUGAAGCCGUUAAUACAGUUGGGGUUGGCAACAAUAGUAAGAGGAUGGUAGGUAAUAAUAGUAAUGAUAAUAAUGAUAAUAAUAAUAAUAAUAAUAAAAAUGAGAUGAAGUCUGGGGGUAAAUAUCUGGAUUUUGAGUUCUUUUAGUUUGGAAUUUGGAUUCCUCAAUCUGCCUUGUAUUAUUGUAUUUCAAUCAUGUUGUUUUAGUCACAUUGUAGAAUUGUAUUCCAUUUCAAUUGGAAAUGAUAUACUUCUA